CUCAAGGGGCUCAUACAGUCAUUUCCUCUGCUUCCACCUCCAGUCCAGAGAAAACCCAAUCAGAGGCUCCAUCGUUUGUUUAGGAGGCAGAAAGGCAAUCUGUUUCACCGCUUUAACCACACGCGUCAGUGGACGGUGCUGAAGUUAGAGCUGGGAUGCACAGACUUAGUCAUGAAUGCUGGAUUUGGUCACCCAGACCUUCUCUGUGUCUUCAUCCUCAGCACUCAGGGAGCCUUCUUUCUGUCAUGGUGAGCCACCAAGAAGAAGAGGAGGAGGAUAAAGAAACAGGAGAACUUCCAGCUGUAUGUUGCUAUAGUACAGGAUGUGAUGACGUUAUCAGUCAGUCUGCUGUUGCUCAGUGGUCCAUAUACGAGCCUCAGGUCCACUCAGGGAUCCCCAGCAGCACAGGCCUGUGUCAGCAUGACGUGGGUGCUCCUUUGCAGCAAAUAACAGUGGUUGAAGCUGAGCAAGGAGAUGUAUUCCAGCAUUUCAUGGGUUGUCAGUGCUGGGGAGGUCCAGGGAUGGAAACCCAGAGAUGUGUUUAUAGACAGAGGGAACCAGAUGUUUUGGGUCACUGCUCAUCAGGAUCUCCAUUUAUCUACUGUGGAGUGAGGAGGAACGUGAUCGUUGGAGUGGAGGUUGUAGAGGAGGUUGCAGUUGAAGACACUCUGGAAGUAAUAACAGAAGAUAUUUAUGCAGAUGAUCUGCUGGAUCCAGAUACGUCACAAGAAAACCAGCCGUACCCCACAUGAAGCCGGAGUGCCUUUCAGUGUUUCUCAGUUUCACUGUACGCUCUGUAAACUAAAUUUAAUGCACAGACAGACGACAAAUUUAAAUAAAAUGCAGUUGUAUGUAUGAUGAAGACGCGGGGCUGAAUAGCUUCCCUGGUGUUAACAUGUCUCCAGAGCUUAGGGAGUCAAUGCCAUUCUUCUAAGAAAUGCCAUCAUUUGGUGUUAUAUGAUGAUAGUAACAAAUGCAAUAGAAGAUGUCCCAUAUGUGUUGAUUUGGGUUAAAAUUUCAUCACUUUUCACCACUUACGUCAUAUGACUGAAGUAAUUCUU